AUGUUGUGUAUUAAUCGACUUGGUGAAAUAAUACCGGAUACUGAAUAUCGAUCAAAACUGGCUAAACUUGAACAACAAGGACGUGUUCGACAACAACUUAUGCGAACAAUUGUCCAACAAGCACUCGACUUGGAACGAGUACGACAAGCCAGACUUCGUCGAGAAUUUGAAAUGAUUCGAAAACUGACACUUGUUAAUAGUGUUAAAUUCUUAACCAGUCAAGAAUUCAACUUCUCCAAAAGACGUGCACAAUCAGCUAUUUUUUAUAAAUUGCAAGAACAUCAACAAAAAUCAAAAAAUUUCGAAGAUAGUCGUCGAUUACAACAACCAAAAGAUAUUGAAGAAAGUCUGUCUCGUUUGUCUACACCUUCUAAACGUGAAUGUGAAAUAACAAUGACUUAUUAUGGCCCACGUACAAUUAUGGAUCAUAAUCGUGAUCUAUACACACCAGUUAAAGAUGACGUGAUGAUAACGCAACAACAUUGUGGUGGUGAAAAUUUAAUUGUUUAUAAAGGAUUUCUAAAACCUAAUGAUACAUUCACAUUCAAAUCUCAUCGUCAUCCGGGAUAUCCAUUUGGAUUAACUUUGUAUGUGAAAGGUUUAAUUGAUAGUCGAAUAUCGACAUGUUGUGAAUAUAAACAUCGACAUGGAACAAGAAUAGGUGGCAAGUCGGGACAGUUUGGAGUUAAAUCCGUGAAAGGAUCGAGACCAUGUGGAAAGUAUAAGGAGAAUAAAUAUCUAAUAUUUUGAUAUUUUUAGUCUUAUCUGUUUAAGUUGUCUUUUUGAAACACAAACCCAAUCGAGAAAGCCAGCUACUCCAACAAAAGUUGAAAAUAACAACAAGAAACUGACAAUAGAAUUAAAUCAGGCAAAUAAAAUAUAAUUACUUGAAAAUCUACGGUCUAUUUAUCUGUUCUAUUCUUUAGGUAUCGCAAAAAGAAAAUUUUCUUCAAACAUUAACAUCAUCAGGUAAGAUGUCAAUAAGUUUUUGAGAUCUGUUAUCGUUGCUAUUCUUUUAUUUACAUUUUUUAUUUAGACAAUGAAAAGUCUAGAUCAGCAGUUGAUCAAAACAAUAGUGAGAAUGUAAUAUCCACAGAAAUGAAUGAUAGCAAUAACAACAGAGAAGAGCUUUCAUCCGAAAAAGUAUAAUCGUAUUCUGUGAACAAUUUAUUUAUCAGAUUAAUUCUUGACGAUUAUAAAAUUUUGAUUUUAAAAUACAUUUUAAUGCGCUUGUUGGGGAAUGUUCACGAUUUGUUAAGCGAAUCUAUAAAUUCAGAAAUUCGUAUCGUUUAGAAGUGAACAUAUACUAGUAAUACCAAUAGCAGACGUAAUGGAAUAUUGUUGAUAAUAUGUUAUAUUAAUAUUUCUUUACGGAGAACGCUUAUACUUGCAUCGGGAGGGCCAAAAGACGCUCCCAUAGCAGUACCAUUCGUCUGUUUGAACUAAUACCCUUUGAAAAUAAAAAAGUUAUUUUUGAGAACGGUUGAAGUUAAAAUUUCAAUUGUUUCGUUGAUAUUUAUAUAUGUGAUAGAAAACCAAAAUCUUUAAUAAAUUUUGAGAAUUCCUUCAUCUUGUGAAAUAUUAGUAACGUAUAUAAUGAUGUAAUAUUGUCGGUAACAAGAAAUGAUUGUUUCAAGUUUAAAUUUUCUUCAAGAAUUUAAGUAGUAACGGCUUCAAUUUCUUGUCCAAAUCGAAAAAAGUCGCUUUUCUGGGCAUCGGUAUAUAUCGAAGUUCGGUGCUGUAGAGAUAACCCUAGUCAAACAUUUUUUUGAAAUUCAGAUAAGAGUUUUGUAAGAUUCUGAUCAGAAUCUUAUAUAAGGAGUGGCACGAAUGUCAAGAAUCAGGUAAGAGUCUUAUGAGAAUCAUGUAAGAAGUUCAUAAGAAUUGGAUAAGAAUUUGUCCGCUUUCUUACGUUGUUCUUACCUUGCUUAUAAGAUUCUUAUCUAAUUCUUAUAAGAAACGCUACAUGUAUUUCUGCAAGAAUUUUGGCUCUUUCCUUUAUAGUACUGAUAUGUUCGC